UGCAGCCGCCGGGCCAAUUUUCCACAUCACUACCUUAAACUUCCUCAGCUCACUCGCCUACCCACCAAUGGCCUUCACCUCCACUGUCCAAUUCCAGCAAACAAUCUUCUUCGACUCACUGCAAUCGUCUUUCUCCCGCCGAUUCGCCUAUUUCCGUCGUAUCCAAUCCUCCUCUCCAUUCAACCUCAAACAAUGGCCUCUUCAUUCCCUCAAUCACUUUUCCAUCCGCAGCCGAAAACCUGACGCUAGGCCUCGAAUCUCCGUCACAACCCCUACGAAGAUUAGUUUUCAUGUGGACGAUUCCACGUCCACCCCCACCUGGAUCAAAUGCUGGGGCAGAGAAUCCCACUUCCGCCUCCUCCCUAAGAGGCCGCGCGCCGCCCUUGAUUACCGCAUCGGUCUGUCCAGCGAUGACGAGGAGUUCGGCACCAGCGCGAGCACUGGAAGCAGCACAAUGUCGAAGAUCGUGGACAAGCUCAAGAAAAUUGGGUACAUGGAUGACACUGGUGAGAUAAAGGAGCAGCCUCUGCCCGAGAAGGGAUCGGUGGAGGAUAUCUUCUAUGCCGAGGAUGGGAUCCUGCCCAAUUUUGGAGGUGGCCUGUCGUUGGAUUUGAAUGAAGAGGUUCGGUUCCCGUGGGAGAAAACUCGGAGCGGCAUGGAGUGGGAGGAUAAUGGCGGGGAUUCAGUGCGGAAGAAGAAAAGUAAGACCAUGUUGGCGGAGCUGACGCUUCCUCAAGGGGAGCUCAGGAGGUUGAGGCACUUGGCUAUAAGGGCCAAGUCCAAAACUAAGAUUGGUGGCGCGGGUGUUACCCAUGAAAUUGUUGAUGCUAUUCGGGAGAAGUGGCAGACUACAGAGGUGGUGAGACUCAAGUGUGAGGGAGCGCCAGCCCUCAAUAUGAAGCGCAUGCAUGAGAUAUUGGAGAGAAAAACAGGAGGGAUGGUGAUAUGGAGAUCAGGAACAUCUAUUUCACUAUACAGAGGAGUAGACUAUGAGAAUACUAAACCCGCAAAAAAGCAAUAUCAUAAUAUUCCAAAUACUUAUGAUAGACCUCUAAAUACCUUCAAGCAUUCAAAAAUUUCAACAGAUAAUUUGAAAAACACUGAUUUGCAAGAUGAUUGUCCAAAGAGCAUUGAUGUGCAACAUUAUGACAUAAAAAAUAUUGAUGUGCAAAGUAAGGGUGAGCAUUUGACUCCUUUUGAGAAGAAAAAUGACACAGGACUGUCUUCUGAAAUCAAAUAUGAAGAUGAGAUUGAUAAGCUGUUAGAUGGUCUUGGCCCACGAUACACAGAUUGGCCUGGAAGUGAUCCAUUACCUGUGGAUGCUGAUUUACUUCCCGGGAUUGUUCCUGGCUUUAAACCUCCCUUCAGAGUAUUUCCUUAUGGAGUAAGGCGCACUCUGGGGCUAAAGGAAGGCACUGCAUUAAGGAGGCUCGCAAGAGUGUUGCCUCCUCAUUUUGCCCUUGGCAGAAGCAGGCAUCAUCAAGGGUUAGCUGUGGCAAUGGAAAAAUUAUGGGAAAAAAGUUGUAUAGCGAAGAUCGCUUUGAAGCGCGGAGUGCAACUUACUACCAGUGAAAGAAUUGCUGCAGAAAUCAAGGGCUUGACAGGGGGUGUAAUUCUUUCGAGAAAUAAGGAUUAUAUUGUCUUUUAUAGAGGUAAAGAUUUCUUAUCCGCAGAAGUAAGUAAGGCAUUGGUUGAGAGAGAAGCAUUAGCGAAGAACCUGCAAGAUGAAGAGGAGCUGGCAAGAAUUAGGGCCUCUUCUUCAGUUCUUUCAAACAGCAAGACUAUUGAAGUAACUGAAGAGCAAGGCACAACUGGCACCCUUGUAGAGACGCUAGAAGCUGAUGCCAGAUGGGGAAAGAAACUAGAUAAUGACUAUGAGGAAAAGAUGAUUAAAGCUGCAGAAGCAGCAAGGCAUGCUGACCUUGUGAGAAAGCUUGAGAAGAAACUUUAUCUUGCUGAACGUAAGGUCAUGCGAGCUGAAAGAGCCUUAGCCAAGGUGGAGGAAUCCCUGAGGCCUAUAGAACGUAAAGCAGACUCUGAAAGUAUAACUGAAGAAGAAAGAUUCAUGUUUCGUAAACUUGGGCUAAGAAUGAAGGCCUUCUUGCUUCUUGGAAGGAGAGGAGUUUUUGAUGGAACAGUUGAGAACAUGCAUCUGCAUUGGAAGUAUAGGGAGCUGGUGAAGGUCAUUGUGAAAGCCAAAACUUUUAUGCAAGUUAAGCACAUUGCACUAUCACUCGAAGCUGAGAGUGGCGGAGUUUUGGUUUCUGUUGACAAGAUAUCUAAGGGUUAUGCAAUUGUUGUUUUUCGUGGGAAGGACUAUCAUCGACCUCCUACACUCCGGCCAAAAAAUCUCCUUACGAAAAGGAAGGCCUUAGCUCGUUCAAUAGAACUACAGCGCCAUGCGGCUCUAAACAGGCAUAUUUCAAGUUUGCUCAACAAGGUUGAGAAGUUGAAGGCUGAAUUGGGUAAAAUGGAAGAUGUAGAAGGCCAAGGUGAUGAUGAAUUGUACAGCAAUCUUGAUCAAGCUUAUAAUAGCGAAGAGGAGGAAAAUGAGGAUGAGAGUGACGAAGCUUAUCUUCGAAGCUUUGAUAACGAAAUCAACACUUGUGGAGACGAAACUCUUGUGAGGUUGGAUGGUUGCGACACAUUCACUGGCAAUGCCGGUGAGGCUGAUACAUAUGGUGAUAAUGAUGACAAAGAUGAUGAUGACGGCGACGAUGAUGAUGACUUGAAUGACCUUGACGACCUUGAAGCAACUAGGGCAUUAUGGCCUUCGGUGAACUCCUUGCACCCUUCGGAUAGAACUGGCGCAUCAGAAAUGUAUGUAUAGUUAGCCAAACUCAUCUCUUUUUCUUAAUUCUAGAGUGGCUAGUUUGCAAAUUAGGAUAUAGGCGGUAUAUUUAAUUUUAAAAUGCCUUGUUUCUUCUUGUUUUUCUAUUUGUAUAGUGUAU